AUGUUGCCGGGGGUGGAGUUGGCACGGAAGCGAAGAGUCCACCACCGCCACGAGGUGGGGACGCCGCCGAACCUGCCGUCGUCCGCGCGCCUUCCGUUUUCCGACCGUCUGCCUGCUGCGGCCAUGGACGAGCCGACCCUCGCCGCCCGCCUCCGUCUGGAGGAGAAGCUUCGGGGCCUUAUGGGCUCCCGACGGCCGUCUCCCUCCUCCUCUCCGCCAUCCAUCAGGUCAAAUAUAGAAGAGAUCUCGACGCUUCCCGCAGCGGCUGGCAAUAUCACAACGAGGGUAAUCGCUACUGAACUCCCUAAGCGACGGAGUAACAGUGUUGCGCUUCAGAGGACGGGCUCCAGGGCCGAUCUGUGCGCGGUGUGCCUCGACGAGGUCCAGGCGAAGCAGAGGGUCACACGGCUUCCUUGCUCCCACAAGUACCACACCGAAUGCGUGCUGCCAUGGCUGGCUGCUCAUUCGCACUGCCCAUGUUGUAGAAGCCAAGUUCCUUCGUCGGAUCAGAUCUCAUAG